CCAUUAAUUCAACCAACACGCGAAUACUUAGAUAAACUUACUAUCCCAGAUAUAGAAAUAUGCUGUAGUGAAAGCGAUAUCCAAAUAACUAAAUGUGUUUUCACAUUUGAUAACUGGACUUUAACUACAUUUGAUAAUUGUACUAAAUUUAUUAAACGUUCUCCUCGUAUAAAGGAUAAUAUAUAUUGUUAUCUUUUCGAGAAUUUUGAAAAUAAUGAUGCUUAUUUUGAGAGUAAUAAAACUUAUUCUUUUGGUAACCCUGAUAUUAACCUCACGGGUCCAUGG